UAAGCCUUUAUUUGCAAUUGGACUCAGAGUUGUUGCUCCAACUUUAAAAAGUCUUCCUGUCUACACAUGAAUUUGUAUUACAGCCACUAAAGGAAGAAGGGAUAAAGAGAAUGCAAAAUGCGAGGUUUAUUUUGAAAUGUGUUUUGUUUAGAGGAGAAACCGAGAGAGAGAGAGAGAGAGAGAGAGAGAAGGGAGAGGAAGUCUGCAAUCGGCAUUAUUUUACAGCUCACCAGUGUCUACCAGAACAUCUUUUCAGUCUUCAAGAACACUGCAAAGAAAGACAUUAUAUUACUGUACACCUUUCCUUUUUGUGGGACAAAUGAGGAACAUGAUAAAACACGCUAUAUCAGACUUCUUUUUUGAAUAUGAGACUCCUCGUCAGGUUCUGGUUAAGAACAGAAGAGUUGGGAUUGUGUGUAGAAUCAUCCAGAUGGGCGUUUUAGCCUACAUCAUAGGGUGGGUGUUCAUGUAUGAGAAAGGCUACCAGAUUGUGGAUGUUGCUAUGGGCUCUAUAUUAACAAAGAUGAAGGGACUGGCUUUCACGAAUAUCAGUGGAGAUGAGAGGAUCUGGGAUGUAGCAGAUUAUGUUUUUCCGGAACAGGGUGACGCAUCUUUCGUUGUGAUGACAAAUUUCAUUGAUACUGUGGGACAAACACAGGGCAAGUGUCCCGAGGUGCCAGAUGGGAAGAACACGUGCAACUCAGACGCAGACUGUGAUGUGGGCAAAUACAAACGUACGGGAAAUGGGUUCAUGACGGGCAAGUGUGUGAACCAAACCAAAACUUGCGAGAUCUACUCCUGGUGUCCUAAUGAAGAUGACAGUUUAAUACCAGAACCUCCUGUAUUGGAGGCUGCAGAAAACUUCACACUGUUCAUCAAAAACUCCAUCACUUUUCGCCAGUUUCAAGUAGUGAGGAGUAACCUGGUGGAAGGUGUGGAUCAGGCGUACAUCAAUCGCUGUCAGUAUCAUCCCACAAAUGAUCCACUGUGUCCUAUCUUCAGGCUUAGAGAUAUCAUUGAGCUUUCCGGUUUUAAUUAUUCAGACAUAGCUCGUUUGGGUGGCUCUAUAGGAAUACUCAUUGAGUGGGAUUGCAAUCUGGACUUCAAAAUCAAACACUGCAAACCACAAUAUGAAUUCUUUGGUCUGUACGGAACUGGGAAAAGUGAUAAAGGGGAGAAAGCAUCACUGGGAUACAAUUUCAGAUAUGGUAAACAUUAUUUGGAGAACAACGUGGAGAAGAGAACAUUAAUGAAGGUGUUUGGUAUACGGAUAAACAUCGUUGUUCAUGGACGGGCAGGAAAAUUUGAUAUCAUUCCAACGCUGACGGCCAUUGGCUCAGGUGUAGGAAUCUUUGGAGUGGCAACUGUUGUGUGUGAUGUGCUCCUUCUACAUUUACUUCCAAAACGAGAUUUCUACAAAAACAUGAAAUAUAAGAAUACACAACUCAAUGAAGAGAAGCAAACAUUACCCACGGUACAGACAGAAAAAGAGAAACCACAGGAGUGAAGAGAGAGAGAGAGAGAGGCUGCCAUGACUACCGACUACUGCACUGAAAUGACUAGCACCUCUCAGUCCUGGAACAUAAAAAAUAAAAUCUGAGAGACACAACGCUCCAGAAAGAAUAUUUCACCAGUGAGAAACUUGGAACUGCAGAGGGAAACAAUAUUAUUAGGUGUGAGAAGGUUUAUUGUUUUUAUGGGAGGGGUUUUAACUGUUAUUCAGAGUUUUCCACAACAAAAUAUCUCCAGAUCUAAGAAAGGGACAUUUCUAAACAUUAUAUCAACGUAUAAAUUGUUACUGUUAAGCCGAUACUGUAGUUAGAAGAUUAUAUAAAUAUUUAGAUUGUCAAAAGUAGAAUUUAAAAGACAAAGCUGUGAAAGAACUCCAAGAGGUGUUUUAUUCUUUGUUAAUGGUGUCAGUUUUAGCAGAUUCACACUUUUCAUUGACAUGAAAGACAGCCUCUGUGCAGGGAUACCUAUAAACUGUAGUAAAUAUAUAAAUGCAUAUUUUAUGAUAUAUUUAGGAUAAAUAUCUUCUGCUGUUCGCAUGGGAGGUCAGUUUAUUAGAUCAAUCUUUUUUAGGACAUUAUUUAUUAAAAUCUUGAACCUGUUGAAAAUUAGAUAACACCAUGAUGGGUUUUUUGUUCUAAACACCAUUUUAAAGAAUUUUGUCAAACGUUUUGUUAGCAGUUUAUUUUUAUGGAUUCAGAACAAUUUUAU